AACAUAAUCAAAGUUCAAACACAUUUCUCUUCCAACACAUCGCCUCCGCCAUCAGUUACGUUUUGCCCUUCUAUCUCUUUCUCUCUAUAUACGCACCCCCUACACUAACUUCUACGACAACCUAUCAUUCACAUUAAACAUAGAAAAAGUGAAAAAUGGCAAAACAAGUGAGCAACAAACAGGUCAUUCUAAAACACUAUGUCACUGGUUACCUUAAGGAAUCAGACAUGGUAUUCAAGAAUACAACCAUUAAACUGGAUGAUCAAAAAGGUUCUAAUGCUGUGAUUUUGAAGAAUCUUUACUUGUCCUGUGACUCUUACAUGCGUUCCCGCAUGAGGAAACUUGAGGGUAGCUAUGUUGAGUCCUUCACUCCUGGCUCUCCUAUCACGGGAUAUGGAGUGGCUAAAGUUUUGGGGUCUGGUAAUUCAAACUUCCAGAAAGGGGAAUUAGUUUGGGGAAUGACUGGGUGGGAGGAGUAUAGUAUUGUAACUAAAGCUACCGAUCAGACUCUGUUUAAAAUUCAUGACAAGGAUGUGCCUCUUUCCUACUAUACAGGAAUCCUUGGGAUGCCUGGGAUAACAGCUUAUGCUGGUUUUUAUGAGCUUUGCUCACCCAAGAAGGGUGAAACUGUCUUUGUUUCAGGUGCUUCUGGAGUAGUUGGUCAGCUUGUUGGGCAAUUUGCAAAGAUGAUCGGUUGCUAUGUUGUUGGUAGUGCUGGUAGCAAAGAAAAGGUUGAUCUAUUGAAGAGCAAGUUUGGCUUUGAUGAAGCUUUUAACUACAAAGAGGAGCAGGAUUUAGAUGCAGCUUUGAAGAGGUGCUUCCCUGAUGGAAUUGACAUAUACUUUGAGAAUGUUGGAGGGAAGAUGCUUGAUGCAGUUCUUCUGAAUAUGAAACUCCAUGGCCAUAUUGCUGCGUGUGGGAUGCUUUCGCAAAACAACCUUGAGCAGACUGAAGGAGUGCACAACUUGUCCUGCCUCAUCACAAAACGAAUCCGCAUGGAGGGAUUUAUUGUUUUUGAUUACUUUCAUCUCUACCCGAAAUAUUUGGAAAUGAUCAUUCCACUAAUAAAGGCUGGUAACAUUGUGUAUGUGGAGGACAUAGCUGAAGGUCUCGAAAGUGCUCCUAGUGCUCUAGUUGGUCUCUUCUCAGGUCGCAAUAUUGGAAAGCAAGUUGUGAGGGUUUCGCGUGAAUAAAUGUACACAAAUGUUAGUAACUGUCUAGAUGGUGGUUGAUGUGCCAGUUCUUUUAAAUAAACUCAGUAGCAGAUUUAGUAGA